AUGUCCCCUGUGGACAACAUGGCCAACACGGCCAACCAGACGUACAAUAAGCGUCCACAUACCACAUACUCACCACUGACCACAAUGACAUCCACCAUCGACGCAUCCCGCGAGCGCGUGCCCAGCCCCACACCGAGCUCGGCGUUGAGCGAGGACGAUUUUGUCGACGCGCAUGACGGGGAAGAUCUGCGUGGGGGGCACAAAGACACGAUACCCGCCUCACCACCCACUCCUGCUGCCGACGCAACGAAGACGAUCGAAGCGUCACAGCCUGAAGCUCCUACGCCAGCCGGCGCUCCGUCGCCCGCGUCCGCGGCCGCCUCCGCCGCUCCAGAGCCAGCACGCACCCCCUCCCCCCGCCCCGCCCGAUUGUACCUCUCGCCUCGGAGAUCCUCGCACACGCCGUCAGAGGGGCACACGCCCAUGGCGACGGCGCCUACCUCCCCCGCCUCCCCCGCCUCCCCGCGCACCAUGACGCCGGCCACGGCCGCGACGACACCAGACCCGCGCCCCAGACUGGAGGGUUACGGUCGACCGCCGCUCACGCCCUUCGCGGCCUCGGCGCCCUUCGCGCCCGCGCCCUCCGCGGCCCCGCGGUCCGUGAGCGCCACGAUGGCGCACGCGUUUGCGCUCGCCGCGCAAUCCGACAGCGACGACGACGACGACGCGCCAGCCCCAGGCCUGCUCGACGACGACUGGUCCGCGUUUGUGCAGGCCCAACUCGUCCGUCUCUUCCCCGACUUCCACGACAUCCUCGAGGCGCAGGAGGCACCCUCCCUCCGCGCCGAGAUGCAGGCGAUGCGGGGCGAGAUCGAAGUGCUGCGCCGCGUCGUCGCCCACGUCGUACAGGGACCAGAGGCGGGGCUCGAGCUCGACCCCGUGGCGAUGGGGCUCGCGCUGGCUAUCGUGCGCGCGGUGGAUGCGUCGCGCGCGGGCGCGAGGCCUGAUGCCGAGGUGUUUGCGCACGAUAACCUCCGCGCGUUGUUGGCUGGCGUGAGUACGUUGGUCGAGGCGACGCCUGCUACGUCGCUGUUUGGACCGAUGCUGGAGGCUGCCGUUGCGUCGUCGACGCUGGAUUUUGAGUCGCCUCCUGCGCUUGCUGCACCCCCUUCCGCUCCCUCGCCUCUCUCAGAGUCCGAGCCUUUGCCCUCCCCUCCAUCUUUGGCCCCCUCACCCCCUUCACCAACCGCCUGCCCCGGGCCAUCGUCGCACACCGCCCACACCACCCACCCUACCCAUCCCUCCCACGCCCUCCUCGACGCCCACGAACAACUCGAAAAGGCGCACGACAUUGCGAUAACGCCCGAAAUCGGCACGCCACCGUCGUCCACACCCCGCCCAUGCAUCGCGGACGCAAUGUGCGAAGAAGAACUCGAAGAAGUCAUUGAACUGGCCGAGGAGGCGCACAAGAUUGUUUCGUAG